UACUUGCUAUUCUCAAAAAAUAAAAAACAAAAUCUGUCUUUUUAGGGGAAGAAAAGUAGGAAAGCUUUAUCUCAUUUUCCUAGUGGCUUCAUAAUGCAGGGACCUGCCCCCAGGAAACAGGGUACAGUAGAGGAAACACACAGGGGUGUUUAGAGUUUGGGGGAAGGCAGGUGAGCUCUGGGCACUGACCCGUCACCAGCUAUUUUUCAAGGAGUCUGAGUGGUGUUAACCUGCAGUCUACCCCGUGAGAUUGCUCAGAGUGUAGGAGGAUAUGGUUUACUGGCUCCAGAAAGCAGCUAUUAUAACUAAGGAGGAAAUGAAGCUUGACUGGCUAGAACAGAAGCAACGAUGGAGGCCCAUGGAGGGAUUUUCCAGGCCCCUAUUCCUGAUCUCUAAAGUGGCGCUGCUUCCCUUAUUCUGCAGUCUUGCUUUGAGACCAGACAAUUCUGUACUCUGUCUGUGCCUCCUUCCUUCUCAGCAGCCCUGCCUCUGCCACCUGCCCCAGAAGGGCUCUGGGUCCUCUUAUCUCAGGACAGACAAAGGUUUUUGUAAUUAUCUUCUUGGGUAACCUCCCUGUAAGGAAUAGGAGAGGUUAUCUGGUCCUGGUCUUUUGGGAGAGCAUUGAGAGGAAAAAGUUAAACCAGUGGGCAGCCCAGGCUGCAUACAUCCUGGGAAUAUUGCGAUUAUUCUCUCCAGUAAUCUAGGGAAAUCUACUGGUUGUUCCGCAGAAAAAGAAUUAAGAGAGAACAGGAGACCUGUUGUCUAAGCCUAAGGCAGGAUGAGGUUUACCUAGUAACUGAUGACGCUAGGCUGAGGCACUCAGCGAUUUGUCUCUGCAUCUGUCCCCGCCUACCUAGCCAAUCUGUCCCUGUUUGGAACACUGGACUCCCGUGAGCUGGAAGGAACAGGUUUAAUAUCUUGGGGCUGGGUAUCCCCAUUUCACUCAUUUGGGGGGAUCAAGGGACCCGGGCAAUAUAGUAUUCUGCUCAGUGUCUGGAGAUCAUCUACCCAGGCUGGAGCUUCUGGGACAGGUGAGGACCCACGGACCCUGGAAGAGCUGGUCCAGGGGAUUGAACUCCCGGCAUCUCUACAGAGCAGAGCAUGAUCAUAUUCCUGCCGCUGCUGCUGGGGCUCAGCCUGGGCUGCACAAGAGCAGGUGGCUUUGUGGCCCAUGUGGAAAGCACCUGUCUACUGGAUGAUGAUGGGACUGCAAAGGAUUUCACAUACUGUAUCUCCUUCAACAAGGAUCUGCUGACCUGCUGGGAUCCAGAGGAGAACAAGAUGGUCCCUUGUGAAUUUGGGGUGCUGAAUCCCGUGGCCAAUGGCAUCUCACAUUACCUCAACCAACAGGACACCCUGAUGCAGCGCUUGCGCAAUGGGCUUCAGAAUUGUACCACACACACCCAGCCCUUCUGGGGAUCACUGACCCACAGGACACGGCCACCAUCUGUGCAAGUAGCCCAAACCACUCCUUUUAACACGAGGGAGCCUGUGAUGCUGGCCUGCUAUGUGUGGGGCUUCUAUCCAGCAGAUGUGACCAUCACGUGGAUGAAGAACGGGAAUCUUGUCAUCCCUCACAGCAGUGGCCAGAAGACUGCCCAGCCCAAUGGAGACUGGACGUACCAGACCCUCUCCUAUUUAGCCUUAACCCCCUCUUACGGGGACACCUACACCUGUGUGGUGGAGCACAUUGGGGCUCCUGAGCCCAUCCUUCGGGACUGGACACCUGGGCUGUCCCCCAUGCAGACCCUGAAGGUUUCUGUGUCUGCAGUGACUCUGGGCCUAGGCCUCAUCAUCUUCUCUCUUGGUUUGAUCAGCUGGCGGAGAGCUGGCUCCUCUAGUUACACUCCUCUUCCUGGGUCCAAUUAUCCAGAAGGACGGCACAUUUCCUAGAGGCAGAAUCCUACAACUUCCACUCCAAGUGAGAAGGAGAUUCAGACUCAAUGAUGCUACCAUGCCCCUCCAACAUCUUCAACACUCUGACAUUAUCUUGGAUCCUACGGUUUCUCCAUCCAAUUAUUUGAAUUUCCCAGUCUCCCCUAUGUAAAACUUAGCAACUUGGGGGACCUCAUUCCUGGGACUAUGCUAUAACCAAAUUAUCAUCCAAGGCUGUAUUUCUGGGAUGGAUAUAAUCUGAGGAAGGGAGUUAAAGACCCUCCUGGGGCCCUCAGUGUGCCAUAGAGGACAGCAAGUCACUGGUGAUUGUUUCGGAGAAAUAAACUUUAGUGGAAAUAA